GAGAUGGUUUGCAAACAAUAAACGUAGAAGAAGAAGAUGACCCGGAAGCAAAUAAACGUCACGUGUCGUCGCGAAAAUCAUGUCUCCCGGCGUCGCUACGAAGAGAUCAAAACCAUCCUCCUCUCAGCUGGAGGAAAAGGUUGACUGGAGGAAAAAGAAAGCGCAACUCAAGGAGGCCAAGAGGCAGAGGAAAGAGGCCAAGCUGAUCAAACAGCUAGAAAAUCAGAAACAAAAAGAGGCUGCUGAGAAGGAAAAAGCAGAGGAGACGCACGCACACGACAAAGAAGGUCGAGCGUACACGGUGAGCGUGGCUCUGCCGGGCUCGGUCCUGGACAACGCUCAGUCGGCCGAACUGCGCACUUACCUGGCGGGACAGAUCGCCCGCGCCUGCGUCAUCUUUUCCGUGGAUGAGAUUAUCGUCUUUGAUGAGCAAGGCGAAGAUGUCAAGAGCGUGGAAGGCGAGUACAAAGGAAUCGGGAAGAAAGGCCAAGCGUGCGUUCAGCUGGCCAGAAUCCUCCAAUUCCUGGAGUGUCCACAGUACCUGCGCAAGAUGUUCUUCCCAAAGCAUCAAGACUUGCAGUAUGCAGGACUUCUGAACCCUUUGGACAGUCCGCACCACAUGAGGAUGGACGAGGAAUCGGAAUACCGGGAGGGCAUCGUCCUGGACAGGCCCGCCAGAGCGGGCAAAGGUUCUUUGGUCAACUGCGGCAUGAGGAAGGAGGUGCAAAUCGACAAGCAGCUACAGCCGGGCUUGAGAGUCACCGUUCGUCUUAACGUGCCGCUGAAGCAAGAGGGCAAGACAUACAAGGGCGUGGUGGUGGCUCCUCACGUGCCCACCACGGAAGGCGGCCUUUACUGGGGCUACAGCGUCCGCCUGGCAUCCUGUCUCAGUGCCGUUUUCACAGAAAGUCCGUACAAGGACGGCUACGACGUGACGGUCGGCACAUCGGAAAAAGGCAGCAAUGUGGACGACGCCUCGCUGCGGCCAUUCAAGCAUCUUCUGGUGGUCUUUGGAGGAGUCCAGGGACUGGAGUCCAGUCUGGAUGCCGAUCAGAACCUGGACGUAACGUGUCCUAGCGUCCUCUUUGACCUCUACCUCAACACGUGUCCUGCCCAGGCCAGCCGCACCAUUCGCACGGAGGAAGCCAUUUUAAUCUCCAUGUCGACGCUGAGGCCGAAGAUAGCGGCUGCCUUUUCCAGUACCUAAAAAUGUCACAGGUCCUUUUUUUUUUUUUUUUUUGCAAAGAUAGAUAAAAGUAAAAACACCACAA